CCAGCGCCCGGCUAGGCCGGCCUCCUAGGCUAGUUUAACUGGUUAGGAAGACCGAAGCCUGCUAGCACAGAAGCUCUGCACUUCGGGAGCUGAGGAGCAGCCGGCCGGAACGUGGAGUGGAAAACUCUUUCCUCUCUCAAGACCAGCGCAGGCGACGCCCUCAAGCCGUCUUCACUGAUACUCUGAUACCGGGUGUAAUGGAUAGGUAACAGAGAAACCCUCUUCACUGUCUCAUCAGGGAGGCAGAAUGACUGAGUGCUUCCUGCCCCCCACCAGCAGCCCCAGUGAACACCGCAGGGUGGAGCAUGGCAGUGGUCUUACCCGAACCCCCAGCUCUGAGGAGAUCAGCCCUACUAAGUUCCCUGGAUUGUACCGCACCGGCGAGCCCUCGCCUCCCCAUGACAGCCUCCAUGAACCUCCUGACAUAGUGUCUGAUGAUGAGAAAGACCAUGGGAAGAAAAAAGGAAAAUUUAAGAAAAAAGAAAAAAGGACUGAAGGCUAUGCUGCCUUUCAGGAAGAUAGCUCUGGAGAUGAAGCUGAAAGUCCUUCCAAAAUGAAAAGGUCCAAGGGAAUCCAUGUUUUUAAGAAGCCCAGCUUUUCUAAAAAGAAAGAGAAGGAUUUUAAAAUAAAAGAGAAACCCAAAGAGGAAAAACAUAAAGAAGAAAAGCACAAAGAAGAGAAACAUAAAGAGAAGAAGUCGAAAGACUUGACAGCAGCUGAUGUUGUUAAACAGUGGAAGGAAAAGAAGAAAAAGAAGAAGCCAAUUCAGGAGCCAGAGGUGCCUCAGAUGGAUGUCCCCAAUCUCAAGCCCAUUUUCGGAGUUCCCCUGACCGAUGCAGCUGAGCGGACCAUGAUGUACGACGGCAUCCGGCUGCCGGCGGUGUUCCGCGAGUGCGUGGAUUACGUGGAGAAGUACGGCAUGAAGUGUGAAGGCAUCUACAGAGUGUCAGGAAUUAAAUCAAAGGUGGAUGAGCUGAAAGCGGCCUAUGACAGAGAGGAGUCUCCCAAUUUGGAAGAGUAUGAACCUAACACUGUAGCCAGUUUGUUGAAGCAGUAUUUGCGAGACCUUCCGGAGAAUCUGCUUACCAAAGAGCUGAUGCCUCGCUUUGAGGAGGCAUGUGGAAGGAGCACAGAGAGCGAGAAGGUGCAGGAAUUCCAGCGCUUGCUCAAAGAACUGCCAGAAUGUAACUAUCUCCUGAUUUCUUGGCUGAUCGUGCACAUGGACCAUGUUAUCGCAAAGGAACUGGAAACAAAAAUGAAUAUACAGAACAUUUCUAUAGUGCUCAGCCCAACGGUUCAGAUUAGCAAUCGUGUCCUAUAUGUGUUUUUCACACAUGUGCAAGAGCUCUUUGGAAAUGUGAUACUAAAGCCAGUGACAAAACCUCUUCGAUGGUCUAACAUGGCCACUAUGCCCACACUGCCAGAGACCCAGGAGAACAUCAAGGAGGAGAUCAGAAGACAGGAGUUUCUUUUGAAUUGUUUACAUCGAGAUCUGCAGGCUGGGGUAAAGGAUUUAUCUAAAGAAGAAAGAUUAUGGGAAGUACAAAGAAUUUUGACAGCCCUCAAAAGGAAACUGAGAGAAGCUAAAAGACAGGAGUGCGAAACCAAGAUUGCGCAAGAGAUUGCCAGUCUUUCAAAAGAGGAUGUUUCCAAAGAAGAAAUGAAUGAAAAUGAGGAAGUCAUAAAUAUUCUCCUUGCUCAGGAGAAUGAGAUCCUGACUGAACAGGAGGAGCUUCUAGCUAUGGAGCAGUUUCUGCGCCGACAGAUUGCCUCAGAAAAAGAAGAGAUUGAACGCCUCAGAGCCGAGAUUGCUGAAAUUCAGAGCCGUCAGCAGCAUGGCCGCAGUGAGACCGAGGAGUACUCCUCGGACAGUGAGAGUGAGAGUGAGGACGAAGAGGAGCUUCAGAUCAUCCUGGAGGACUUACAGAGGCAGAAUGAAGAACUAGAAAUAAAGAACAAUCAUUUGAAUCAAGCGAUUCACGAGGAGCGGGAGGCCAUCAUCGAACUGCGGGUGCAGCUGCGCCUGCUCCAGCUGCAGCGAGCCAAGCCCGAACUGCAGGUGCAGGACGAGGCCGAGCCCGAGAGGCGUGGCGGUGCCGGACAGCCGCCCAGAGACAGCGCCGCGGAGACGAAGGCAGCAAAGGAGCAGCCAAAGGCAGGCAAGGAGCAGGCCAAGCCGUCCCCGAGCAGAGACAGGAAGGAGACGCCCAUCUGAGCGGCCCGAGCGCCACAGAAUCCCCAGACCCGACGAGACCUGUGCAUCUUACUGUAACCCUGAGAGUCGGAGUGGACAACUCUCUGCUGUACAUUCUGUAAAGAUGUCUUUUCUUCUCAGACUCUUCCUUCUUUUCACACGUAUGACUUCUCCGCGUCAGGCUCAGGUUACACGGGAGGACAAAGCAGUGCACGCAGUGUGGGCUUUUAGGGGACAGAUGAGUUUUCCAGAUAGUGUCAGCUUAUUUGAAGAUUAAUUUUCUUUGUUAACUUAAAACUAUUUUAACCCUUGAGUGGCUUCUUUUUAAACCAAAAAUCGUCUUUCUUUGCUUUUUUAUUACAGCAGAAUCAGGAUCUCUUUCUGUCGUUCAAUGGGGGGAAACCAAACAAGGUGAACACUGUUCCUGCCUUGUGGGUUGCCCCAUAGUCUCACCCUCCGGGAUCUCUGCUUACUAGUCACUCUUGCUCGUGCCUUUUACACCUUUUCGGUGCAGAUUAUAUAAUGGGGAGCUGCCUCAUUUUAUCUCCUGAUGGGCCAGAACGGCUCUUACUGAGGUUAACCUUUACCCACCCUUGUCACUCUCUCCUUUGAUGGUCCUAAACCCCAGUCCACGAGCCUGAAGUCACAGGAUGGCCUAGCCAGUCCCAGACAGAGCUGCCUGUGGAGCCUGCCCACUGGCCCCGGGCCAGCCGCCUCGCUCCUGUGGGCUCCUCGCUGCUGGUGAUCAGCGCAUGUUUUCAUUGGGUUGGUCGCAGGUAGCUGCCUGGCCUGAGGCACCCACACCGAGGAUCUGUUUCUGAACCCAGAAAUAAUCUGUGUGACUGAUCUGCCGUUAACACAGAAUGAGAUUGCUUGCUUGGGCUAGAAUGUAAAAGUCUCUUUGCCUGAAUAAGCCAUAUAUGCUCUUAGACAAAAGUUUCCAGUGACCUGUUUCAUCUCAGUGAACCUGCUGAUGGACUCCCAAUUGAUAAGAUUGAGCAAUAGAAAAAGAAAACUUUUCCUUUAAAUGAUAGCUGUGAUCCCCGACCCUGUUUUCUUGCUUCUGCAACUUCUCUGGUGACUGAGGCAUCUGGGAGGUCCGCCCUCAGGCACCCUUGUCCAGUCACGCUCUGUCGGAAUCAGUGGCACCCAUGAGGUAGGUCAGCUUUCACGGCUGUGAAGACAGACCCCACACACUCAAGGUGAUGGAAACAAACCCCCCACGAGGGCUCUGUCCUCUCUUAGUUACUAUUUAUUUUCAGCACCUGUUUGAUGCGGUUUUUUAUUCUCUACCUAUUGCACUGUUGUGACUUGUUGGCCAUUGUUUGAUUUUUGUACGAAAAAAAGCUUUGUUAUAGAAAUCAGCAUACUAUUUUUUUAAAUCUGGAGAGAAGAUAUUAUGGUGACUGAAAAUACGGUCAGGUGUCAAAUAUAAACGUAUAAAAGCCUUCUUGCUGUCCCGUCGGUCAUAUUACAUUCAUUUCAUUUGCUGGCAAUAUUGAAGAUACCUUUUUUUGUUUGUGUAAACUCUAAUUUCUAUCAAGGUGUCAUGGAUUUUUAAAAUUAGUAUUUCAUUACAGUUGUCUCAGCGUUGGUUAACUAAUUUUUGCCAGGACCGUUAUUGAUCAAGCAAAUAAAUUCAACAGCCAUUUGAGGAAAAACAAACAAACAAACUACCAAACCCAGCGUCUUAUUUUUUUUUGUAUACGUUCUUUCUUGACGUAGUUAGCAUCCUGUGGCUGACCCGGAGUUGGUUUGAUAUUUACG